CUCCGGCACUUUUGUAAAAAUACAAGCCAGCUACUGAACUGUAUUAUUCUGUUACAGCAGUACCCGUACGGUACUGUAAUGAGCGGCACGGUAUGGUACGGCAGGCGGCGCGUGAUUCCGUCGGAAGCCAGCUUGAUCGCUCGCGUCUGCGUCCGUGUCACUCGGUCGUCCGCUCCCUCAGCACCUGGUACGACGCCAAGAGCGCGUCGCAGCGCUCCAUCUCCGACACGAUGGCCCGCGAGAGCGCCUUUUUCCGCUGCUUGACCCGCCUCCCCAGGACGCUGUCCACGGAAGCACCGGCACACUCCGGCGGCGCCACCACCACGGCGUCGACCGCCGCCGCGAUCUUGUCGAGCUUGUCGCUGAUCCCCGCCAGCGUGCGCUCGACGCCGAGGGCGUACCGGUCCCGGCCGGUGCCCCAUCCCCCGUUGGAGGGGUGGUCCAUCCAGACCGUGUUCCAGAGCCCGGCGGUGAAGGAGGGAUCGUGCGAGGCCGACGAGGCGGUGGCCGCGUCGAGGGACUCCUCCAGGCCCGACAGCUUGUCGCCGAUCGCGUGGGUGGCCCUCAGCUGGAGCUCGGCGUCUUCCAGCCGGUCCACCGCGGCCCUCAGCACCGGGUCGUACGGAUCGCCCUCCCAGAGGUACCGGAGGGCCCCGUCCCACCCGUGCUCCCUGACGGAGCGGUGAAGGGCGUACCCGGCGUACCCCGCGGAGAGCGCCGCAACGGCCAGGAGCGCGCCCGAGCCCUGGCCCCCCGAUCGAUCGCAGGGUUGCGGGCAGCGCUUGGAACGAAGCCAUUCCGGCCCGCCGCUGCGGCUGCCAGGGGUCAUGUCUGUCGUGCGUGCUGACGGUUGGCGAUCGGGUCGUCCGUCGGCUCGUGUUGCACCGAUCCUGCGCUCUGUGCUGUCCUGUGCUGUGCUGUGCUGUUCUGUGGAGCGGGCGGUCCUGCACGUGUUCCGAUCCGAGCUUGUCCUUGUCCUUGCCCUUGUGCUUGUGCUUGUGCUCUUGCGUGUUGGCACGGUCUCCGUUCAGGAGGAAAACGUCAAAAGAAUGCAAUCCGGGGUGCAGGCAGCAUUGUACGUCGUACCGUACCGUACCGUACUCGCACUCGCAUUUCGCUCUCGCACUUCUGCGAACUCUGUGCGGGAAGCAUCAUUUUUUAAUUGUUCGAAAGUUGCCUCCAAAUUUUUCUUCGCAAAAGCUCGCAGUUUCCUACCGUACCGUACGUACUAUCCAGCGACGAAACUGCAACUUUGCAUUCAAGUACAAAUUUAGUCCCUUGCGUGUUCAAUGCAUGCAAUCAGUGCAAAUUUCAUUGUGGUGUAAAAUAGCAACGAAACAUCAGAAUAAGAACUAGUCUUUGGU